CGUAUUUAAACAUGGCGUUCUGUGUCAGCUGUUUUGUAACAAACAGCUGUGUUUGACAGUAAAAGAUACUAAACACACAGUAUAAAUGCAAAUUUAUUUAUUUGUACAUAUUUUAAGUUAAAUGCGAUAUAAAUAAAUUAUAAACAAAAAUGGAUACAAUAAAGAAAGAUCUGCUUGUGCCAACAAAAUAUAUAAAAGUAAUAGAUGGCAGAAUUUGCUUAACUGUUCAUAGAAAUUGGCUUACUAAUUUACAAACUGUUGGUCCGAUUUCUUUUCUUAAUCAUGAACGAUUGAGUGAUGAUGAAAUUGCAGCUCAGCCUAUGCUGGAUGAAUUAGGCCCAGACUGGAUGCGAAUAUAUGUUAGAGUGUACGAGAAACAACAUAAGUAUGCUGUUCCACUUCCAAGGGGAAGGCAUACAAGCGGAAAUACUCAAGCAGAUUUAACAUUUUCACAAUUGAUGCAUUAUGUGGCAGAGACUAACUAUAGAAAUUUAUGGAAGGAGUGUUAUAAAAAAUAUUAUAGUCCAUGGAAUUGUAUAGAACAGAGAGAUCAAUGCAACAUAACUGCUAAUGUAAGCGAUACAUCAAUUAUGCAAGAAGUACUACAAAAAAUGUAUGGUUGCAUUUUAAUUCAAAUUCAAAAUGGGUUAGUUGUAUCUGUAUCACCUGGUAUAUCCAAUGAAGUACAUUGUAACCUUCUACCAAUAUUAUGUGCUGUUGAAACUACAUCUGCAUUCUUAACUUUACACGAGCAAACAGCAGAAUACUCUGUUCGCGAGUGUGUUAUGUACAGUCCUGCUGCUUUAAGCAUGAGUCAUGGAAAACCAUUAUUUCUAAUAUAUCAACUAUUACAGUUGUCUAGAGAUUUGCAUGAUCGUGGCUUAGUAUUAGGGGAAAUUACUCUUAGCGAUAUAUUACUUAUGGAUAAUUUUACUAUUCAGGUACUACCAAAGUUAAGUGAUAAUAUAUAUUUAAAACCUGAACAUGAAAUACCUAAAAUUUCCACUGCUCAAGAAACAAAAGGAAAAGGUUUCAAUGGUCAUAUCAGAAAUUUUGAUAUGACUUCAUCGAUUGCUAUAUUACGAGGAAACCCUGAAUUUGGGAUGAAUGAAAAUAUUGAGAAAUUAUGUGAAAUGUGGGUGUAUAGUUGUAUCAGUAAUUAUGACUAUUUAACUGCAUUAAAUAAUAUGGCUGGAAGAAGAUACGGAGAUCCGAGUUGUCAUCAUGUGAUGCCUUGGGUCACAGAUUUUACAUCAAGAUGUGGUGGUAACUGGAGAGAUUUAACAAAGUCUAAAUUUCGAUUAAAUAAAGGCGAUAGACAAUUAGACUUAACAUUUGAUUCGCAGUCUACAGAAGUAGGACAUCAUGUAUCUGAUGUACUAUCAGAAAUUACGUAUUAUGUUUAUCUCUCGCGCCGAUACGACAAGUCAGUUCUUUGUAAAUACGUUCGACCUCAAUGGGUCCCAGGAGAAUACCCUGCUUCUAUACAACGAUUACACGAUUGGAGUCCAGACGAAUGUAUACCACAAUUUUUUACUGAUCCCAGUGUUUUUAAAUCUAUACAUGAAGAUUUACCAGACUUAGAAAUUCCUGGAUGGGCUACGUCUCCAGAGGAUUUUAUUGAAAGGCACAGAGAAGCUUUGGAAAGUUUUCAUGUAUCCGAAAGAUUACAUCAUUGGAUAGAUUUAACAUUUGGUUAUAAAUUAUCAGGUUCAGCAGCAAUAAAGUCAAAAAACGUUUGCCUACAGCUUGUUGACAAUCAUACCAGAUUAACUAACGCUGGUGUUGUUCAACUUUUUACACAACCACAUCCACAAAAAAUUAUUCCUUCACCUUAUUGGUGUAAAAUUCCACCUCGUUUACGUUCAUCUUUCAUUAUUAAUAAGUAUAAAAAUGAUCAAUCUGGAAACAGAACUAGUGAUGAUGAAGGUCACAGUUCAGGUUUUGAAGAGGAAGAAUUACCAACAUCAACUCUAAGUACAUCAAGAUCAUCACCUUUAGUUUUAAGUCGAUUAUUAAGUCGCUCCCGAGGUUCUUUACUUUCUACUGAGGAUACUGUUAAACAAGAUAAAUCUAUGAAUCAAACAAUAAUUCUGCCAAAAGAUUAUAAUCCUGUUACAGCAAUAAUGCAAGUAGAAACUAUACAUGUAUUUAUGAAUAAAGUGAGCUCUCAGGUUUAUAAACCAGAGAUUGAAGUACACGAGUUAUCUACAAAUUAUAAACAAAUUGUGGCCAGUGGACGCAUUAAAGAACAACAAAUUCUUGGUUGUUUAAUUGUGGAAAUAUUUUUGUCAAACAAGUUUCGAGCAACAUGGAACAUUGAAAAGAUGUCAUUUCCAAAAAGACUUACUACCUGCAUAAACACCUUAAAAAUGUCUGCUGAUGGUUUACCAAAAUGUGUUAGAAAUGCUGUUGCUUUAUUACUUCAAGUUGAUAUUAUACCAAGUAGUUAUAACAUUGAUAAUAUAGAAGUAACUGAUACACCAUUUCGUUAUCCUACUGUUACAUACAUGGGUCUACCUCCACCAUCUGCCCAUCAAUUUCUCCAACCGAUACUUUCUGGAAGUUUAUUUCCAUUUUCUAAGUAUUAUAAACAUUUGUUUAAUAUUGUGGAAAUGUUACAAGAAUAUAAUAGUUUAGUACGUGAAUUAAAUUUCAUAAUGAAGGCUGAAGAUGACAUGGAUUUUAUACUUAAAACAAAAACAAAGUUCCUUUGUAAAAUCAGUGAAUGUAAAGUUAAGGCAAUCGCAAGUGAAUUGGAGCAUCUAUUAUCCCAUACUGGAAUUGCAAGGGAAGCUUGUUUAGAGCUAAUAGUACCGCAUAUACAACAAAUAAUGGAAGAACCUUAUAGUGCUGUUUUAGCUGCUUGGUAUUUGUUUGAUCCAAUUGCUAAGGCAUUGGGUCCUAAAGAUACUGCACAAACAUUCCUACUGCCUAUUAUGAAAUUAUAUGAAAAUGGUUUCUUUAUGGAUACUUCUUCGUAUGCUGAUAUAUUUCCACCGGGAUUGUUAGCAAAAUUUAAAACUACUCGUUUAUAUCAUAGAAAUUUUCUGUUAAAACUUAUGGUAAGGUUAGGUUUACGACGGUUUCUAGAAAAUUUUAUUACGCCUCUUGUGGAAGCAGUUGGAGGAUAUAGAGAUUACAUACAAGGAUGUUUAACAUAUAUCCACAAAACUGGCAAUCUUAAAACAUGUGAUUUAAGCGGAACUUGUAAUGAAGGAGAAGGAAUCUUAUCUCCUCUGGAUGAAGAUUUCUCUGUAGAUUCAGAACAAAAUAUGCCUUUAUCACCUGGACCUGUAAGCAAUGAUUAUGCGCGUGAUACAAGCACAAAUGACAAUGAUGUUGAAGAAGUAUUUACAAUGGAAACGGAUGAAAAUUCUUGGGUAUCUUUAAAUUCUGGUGCAUCAUAUGAUAUUGAUUUACACGUUGAUCUAAAUUUGAAUCUCAAUGAUGACUUAAAUGAGGAAGGAAAUAGAAUCUCACCUGUUAAAUCAAUGAAAUCACCGACAAUUCCAAUACCAAAAGCCUCCAGUUCUUCAAAUAAAUUCAAUAAUAUUAGUUGCAAUGUAGGAAGUAGAACUUCUAAUGAUGAAUUUGCUUAUAGUGGACUUACUCAUUCUGAUAACACUUCUGAUGAAGUCCCUGCUGUAGGAUUAGAGGAACAAAAUCCUGUAAUAAUUCAAACAGAUGAUAUUAAAUCUAAUACCGUAAUCCAUGAAGACAUUCAAAUAGAUAAUAUUUACCAAAAAUCUACUUCAAAUGAAUGUACAACUUCUGAAAUGAGUGCAGAAUCUAUUACUUGGUUAUCUCAUCGGCUUGGUCCUGUACUUACUGCACGAUAUUUAUCUCGAAAUUUAUUAAGAAUGCUUACAUUAUGUUAUACCGGGAAAGAAAAUUUAACAAUUAUCGGCGAUACUUUGUUAUCUAUGGAAGGCAUUACUUGGAAUAAAAAGGUUUUAGUUGGUGAUCAUAAUGCUGCUAAAGUUUUGGAAUGCCUUGCAGCUAUUGCAGGUUUAUAUGGAGAACAGAUUAUAGUAUUACAGUACUUUGCACAUAUGGUUGAACUUUUAGCUCUUUGUAAAAGAAAAUUAACACAGAAUUUGGAAGGGGGGCUUAUUUCAUGUUUAACUCUUUUAAAUCACAUUACACCAUAUCUCAGUGAUGCUGUAUUGAUGGAUGUACUGCACGAAUCAAUUGUAAAAGCAAUACUAUAUCCUACAGUUCGCAUAUUAUCAUCUACAAGAUUUACUUUUCCAAAUGGUGUCAUCGCACGUAAUGUAAUGGCAGAGAAAUGUUUGGAAACUUUAUUCAUGUUUAGUUUACGAUUAGGAAGUAUCAUGACAAGAAAUCAUCUGGCUGUACCUAUUCAACGAUUUUUCUUAGCAUUUGAUAAAUCAUUCAAUCAAAGUAUUGCAGAAAGUUAUAAAAAUGAAAUUAGUCAAAAGACAAUAAGCGAGCAUUUUACAAGGUAUUUUUGUGACAGUAUUACACAUCAAAAUUAUGUUAUAAAAGUAUCUAUAAAUAUAUAUUUAUGUAGGAUAAAGGUUUCAAAUGAAGAGAAUAGAGACGCUCUUGCAGUUCAGUCAAAUUUUAAUGCAGACGUUGCCGAUUCUUAUUCUCCACCAGCUACAGAAAAUAUGGAUAUAUCAGAUCUUCAAAAAAAUAAAGCACUUGAAGAAUUAAGAGCUGUAUUUACAGCAGAAUUUGCUCAUAAAACAUACAUGCUUUUCUAUAAAUGUAUUGACAGUGAAAUAAUGGAACAGAUACUUAAAAAUCAUGAGCACAUACAUAAUUUAUGUCGUAAAUAUGAACAGGAAGCAAAAAUCACUUGCUCUAAUACUGAUGAUAACAAGUUUAGUGCUUCGUGUAAUAGUAACUACAAUAUGAUGGAAAGUACAGAAUCAGUAAAUAAAGAUGCUUUAAAUUUUGGAAAUAUAUCAGUAGUGGGAAACAGAUUUGCAGUACAAAAGAAUAAUAUUGGAGAUCACAUAGCAUCUGAAAGUUCACAUCAAGAAGCAAAUUAUUCCUCAUCCACCGGAAGACAGUUACGAGGAAAUUGGUUAGCAUACUGGGAACACGAAAUUGGAAGAUCAGAGAAAGAUACAGCAUUUAAUAUAAAGCAAAUAAAACUACAAACUUUUAGCGGCCAUACUAACAGUAUCAAAUGCCUAUCUGUAUUGGAUAAUGAGAAUAGUUUUAUGAGCGGCGGUAGAGAUAAAACUGUGAAAUUGUGGAGUUUGAGAAGUCAGGGAGAUGGAAAUACUGUUUCAUCUUGUCAAUAUACUUAUACUGGGCACAAAAAAUCUAUUCUGGCUCUAACAUUUCUAGAAUCUUUAAGAUACGUAGUUACUUGUGAUAGUACAAUUCAUUGUUGGGAUCCUUUCAUGGGUUCUCUUCUUGGAUGUCCAGAAAGUUCUCGUCCUGUUCCUGUAAAUACACUUAUUGCAAGUCCUUCACCAUGUACAACUUUACUUGCUGGAACAACUGAUAUUACACUCAGAGUUAUCGAUUGUCGAAGUUUUCAGUAUGUAAAUGAAAUGAAGGUUUCCGUAAAUCCAACAGGUUUAAUUAGAUGCAUCGCAGUAGCGCCUAGUGGUUAUUGGGUUGCAUUAGGACAAGCAUCAGGUUUUUUAACAAUUUUAGAUAUUCGUACUGGUCUUAUAAUUGCCUCUUGGAAAGGUCACGAAUGUGAGAUAUUACAAUUAGAAGCAAUUAAUGAAACAACUAUAAUUAGUUCUUCUUUGGAUGAAACUAUUGCUGUAUGGAGUGCACUGGAUGGAAAACUUAAAUUUCAUAUGAAGGGCUCUACCGAACCAGUGCAUUGUAUGUCUACUUACGAACAAGAACUAAUAAUAGGAACAACGGCAAAUCGAGUAGGAGUUUACUCAUCCAUUGAAACAACAGCUGUAUUUUCGUCAUCAAAACUGAAAUCUGAUACUUUUAAAGGACUUCUUACUACAAUGGCAGUUCUUCCUCUCAAUCGAUUAUUAUUAUUAGGCGCAGAUAAUGGAGGUAUAACAUUAAUUUGUUAAAUAUUGUACAUAAAAAAAAUCUCUA